AUGGCGGAAUUUCAAACCGGCCUUCAACGUAGCCACGGCGCUCAGGGUGUCGCGAUGGAUGAACGCAAAACAGUCGAUCUAUUAAAUAUGGACAAAUAUGGGCACCUGGCAUGGUCAACCACGCCUGACCUGUUGCUUUCCUCGGAUCCUCCAUCUCAACCACUCCUACCAAAUCGUUCCUAUACAUCGGGAUCUGAAGGCCCAAUUCAGCAGAAGAACUGGGCCUUCCCGAGCAUGCCAUGUGUGCCCCCGUUCCCGUUCCCGUACCCACAGACGGCUCCCGUGAACGGUGCUCCUGCUGACGAGCCUUUGUUAUAUCCGAACGGACGAGGGCCGCCAAGCGGCAAGAUGCCGGUUGUCACUAGGACGCCUAGGGGAAGAAAGGCAAAAGGGAAGGCAACGAUACCAAAGGUCGUGGAAACAGAAGCAUGGCAGCAGGCUGAAAUGGUAAGUAUUAAGGAGGAAGAACCAAAGAAGAGGCGAAACCCACGGAAGAUUGACUACCAAAACUGGUAUGGCUUUCCGCCAAAGCAACCUGCGCCUUGGGGGUGGAGAACGCCACGCGGUACGCACACGUUUGAGUACGAUCACCUAGGUCAGUUGUAUCAAAAGAAGUUUUCCAGGUCUGAACUAGAAGCUUACUUCUAUGCCCAGCCUACGCGCAAGUGGACCACUGAUGUAUGGGUACCGAGGCAACUACUCCCUGGAGAGAAACAAGUGUUAUGUCCUGGGGAUCAGGGAAUACCUGCCACGCGACGUCAUGGCCUGACCCUGUGGAUAGGUUGGACUCCCGCAGCCAGUAAGGACAGGUUUCCUGGAGAGAAGUCCAACCAAUGUUGUCUUCGAGAGUGCUCGGCAAACAGUUGGGCGUUCCGAGCAGGGCAGCCCCGUGUUGCACUCGACGAGCGGAUGAACAUCGAUGGGAGCAGCCGCGAUCCUUUGCAUGUCGCUGGCUAUAUCCACCUGUUUUGCUUGGAGAAGCAUUUCGAUAUCCUGAAACUAAUGCGUGACCUUGAUGUCCGGUUGGAUUUGAGGGAAUUCGACCAUGAAAACAUAAACCCGUUUUCACUCAGAAAUCGAAAAAGCUACAAAGCAUGCAUCGAAGGUAUCCAUCAAUGGGUUGAUACUGAAUGGGACAGGCAUAGCGAUUGGGAACUAUAUCUCUCGCAACUCCGCAAAGACUGCCAAAAGGAGAAGACUUCACUUACCUGGGACCAGACCGCGAGACCGCGCCAUUUUGACGACAGCCUGACGAAGACCAUGGUAGAGACCGACAAGAACAACUAUGCUUUAAGCGGGAACAACACCAGAGAGGAACGAGCAAAAGUGGCAGGACUUUGUGGGAGAGCGGAACCCUGUCAGGCUGGAGUCCAUCUGGGCAACCUUGAGUACUUUUGGGAAGUAUUUAACAGUCGCAAAAGAAAGGGGCCUCUAUCCGAGAGACUUCCCAGCGAACAACAAACCGAGCCUACGAACGAGAAUCAGUUCCCUCACGUCGUGUACAAUCCUGACAACUUCACAAAGGGUUUCAUGCCUAGACGAACUGGGAAAUCAAAUCUAGAUCAUCUCGGACGACUUCGAGACAGUCCCCAGUAUCUGCCGCAUCCGUGUCCAAACAACAUAUUGCUCACUUACGAAUACAGAUCUGAGAUGAUGUAUCUUUUGCAACAGCGCCAUGCACCAAAAGUCCAUCAAAUGGACUACAGAGCAGUGCAUCUCAUGGCGCAGGGUGAGGUGCUGCAGAACGCGGUAUCAGAGCCUCAACUACAGUACACAUAUGUGCCAGACGCGCAUAACAUAUUUACAGCCCCUAACGCGCUUGGUUUGAUGGCUCCAUAUAUGUCAACUGACAACCUUGGUGUCGGUUUUGCCGUCAACCCUCCGGCUGUGUCUGCUCCCAUGCCAUCACGCGCUCAAGUGCAGAAGCGCGGAUUCGAAGACAUUGACCAAGGUUUGGCACCAGAUAUGACUACGACCCAGCCAGCCGUUAAGCGAAAACGGAUGACUGCAGAGCUGUCGUCCACAGCAGUUUUGUACCCACGUACAAAAUCCAAUGGACAACUGCAAGAUGUAUACAACAUGACGAGGCCGAUUCCCUUGCUGGCGGACUUGCCUCAUGUAUUCCAGUCGGGCUUCACCCAAAGAGGUGGUGUGAACUCAAUGAUGACGUCCCAAGAAAACACCGUGACCUCAAGAAAGCGCAGCAUUGAGGACGUAUAUCUUGGAGAUCCUACGUAUGAAGAGACAUACACCCUUGAGUCCCAUGACGGCCAAAACCCUCCACACAAGAGAGCUCGCCUCGACCUAUCGGAAACUGGUGGCAGCAUGCAGGUCAAGAACGAUAACACGAUGGCGCAGGAAGCUUUGCCUAAUUCUCCAGGGCAGCAUCAUGAUGCCAAAAGUGAUAUCGUGGCCGAGGAAGAUAUAUCGGUAAACAUCCAGAACAAUGACUUCAGUUUCGAUGAGUUUCUCUCUUUUAAUGCUCCAUUGGAUGGUCAUUUCAACUUGGAUGACUUGCUCAAUAGCGGCCCUGAACUCUACAGCUUGAAUGAUAUGGCUGCGGAGCAAGCAUUGUUCGAUGAGCAGGAGCAAUUUUUUCAGCAUGAGAAUGAAAAUCUCGACUCAUAA